CCCGAAUUUUGACGAAGAAAAGGAUGGGUCGAAUGUUUUCGAGGCUUUGAGGUUUCGCGAGAAAGAGCGAGAGAGAAAGAGAGGAGAAGAGAGAUGACUACGAUUCGCAGAUUUUGCUGCAAUGAUCUUCUUCGUUUUACCUCUGUCAAUCUUGACCACCUCACUGAAACUUUCAAUAUGUCAUUUUAUAUGACCUAUUUAGCAAGAUGGCCCGACUAUUUUCAUGUUGCCGAAGCCCCGGGACACCGAAUCAUGGGUUACAUUAUGGGAAAGGUUGAAGGGCAAGGUGAGUCAUGGCAUGGUCAUGUAACUGCAGUAACUGUUGCGCCAGAAUAUCGCAGGCAGCAAUUGGCCAAGAAACUCAUGAACUUGCUGGAAGACUUUAGUGAUAAGAUUGAUAAGGGUUACUUUGUUGAUCUUUUUGUGAGAGCAUCAAACACCCCAGCCAUAAAGAUGUAUGAAAAGCUUGGUUACGUGAUCUAUAGACGAGUCCUACGGUAUUAUUCAGGGGAGGAAGAUGGGUUAGAUAUGAGGAAAGCAUUAUCUCGGGACGUUGAAAAGAAGUCAAUCAUACCCCUCAAACGGCCGGUUACUCCUGAUGAAUUAGAGUAUGACUAAAUCUGAUUUCUAUGGAAUUUCUUCCUACUAAGUGCGAAGAUGAUGUAUUACCUUGUGCUUAUGGGUUUUUGAAGUUCAGGAAGCUAGGUCCUAUAAACUGCUUUUAAAUUCUCGUGUGAAACUCUGUCUAAGUGCGCUGCUCAUGAAUAUGACACUAAAACACAGUGGGUUUAUUAAGAAGUUCGCAUCAUCUCACUCUGUUA